AGAAUCUGUGAAGAAUCCAGCUCGUGUAUAAAGUGUGUUUCCUUGCUGUUAAAUUGCAACUUCAUGGCUGUCCGUGGCACCGUUCCUCCUCCGGAUUACUACCCUUUUGAUAUCGCUCUAUCAGCCCAGCCACCUGAAGAUCUGCAGGGCUUUUAUAAAGGAAACCAGCACAUGCUGAGCAGAUCAGGCUCGCAUUAUGGCUUGGCCACAGGAGGGGUCAGGAACACUUGGGAUCAAGGGCAAGCUAGAGCAACUACUCCUGCUCCUUCGCCCAGGCCUCCUCCUCCUCCUCCUCCUCCUCCUCCUCCCUCGGCUCAUGAGAUCAGCCGCUUGUACAGGGAUUCUCUAUCCAUCAAGAUGAUCCCAGACAGCCAGCGCAUUCGCAGUAGAGCCGCUUCACCGGCUUGCUUUGGCAUUGAAUCCAGAUUUCCAGCAGAACACUCCGUGUACAGCGACGCCAACGGCCUUCCUCUGGACUCUGGAUCCACCUGCAUAGUAGUGGACCCUACAGCUCCAGUCAUGGAUGGGACUCUUCCUCGAGGGAACCCUGCUUACGGCUCUGUGUCAACUCAAAGGAUGCCUUACGACCCUGCUUACGAUCCAGGCUCUGCUCACCACCCUCCGGCGGCCGUCUCUGUCGACCCCAAGAGAACCGUGGAUCCCAGUUUUCUAGCUCUCCUGCGCUCUGAGGGUCUGUCGGAAAGCACUAUAACUCUUCUCCUACAGCAAGGGUUUGAUUCUACCUCCAUGCUUGCUAUGAUGGAAGACCACGACGUCCGCUCCGUCGCUCCCAAUUUGGGCCAAGCACGAAUGCUUUCUCGAGUGGUUUUCAAUUGCAAGACGGGAGCAACCGGUGCUGCGGUUAUGCGAGGUCGUUCUAACAGCUUCAGCCAUCGCAAUGAUCUCUACAUUCAGUCUCAGGCAGUGGAUGGAAACCUCAUUCAACAGCCUCCCAGCACCCUGCAGUCCGUCUCUCCUAGAAUGGGAGAGUUUCUUGGUCGGCGGCCGAACAGCGCUCCGUCUCAGCAUCUCCUCGAAACCACGACAUAUCCAGGGGUUCGCUCGGUCGGAGGUCUUCCGGUCAGUCCGGGGGGCUAUGCCACACAAACACGACCUUUGUACAAUGCCCACACCGGCCUGGCCAUGUCUGCUCAACAACAACCUCCGACUACUCCAGGAGUGGCACCCAAGACCUUCUCCACUACAUACAGCCCUAUGGAGCUGAUGAAGCGCCCUCCGAACCUUCCUCCUCUCUCUCCUUCUCAUAGCCCCCAUCACAGCCCUCAGUUAAUGCGCAAGGGAGCAGCUCCUGUGGAGAGUGCCAUCCUUCCAGCAUCUUCAGCCCUCCAGCCUCAGACCCUAAAUCCUAACAACAAACAAACCCGGAGAACCGGACCUCCGGUCAUUGUAUCCACCAUGGCUUCACCUGACACAAGUAUCAGGCCUCAGAUCGUGAACGGCCCGAUGCAUCCUCGUCCUCUGGUUUCUCUGCUGGACGGUAGGGACUGUACGGUUGAGAUGCCCAUCCUCAAAGAUCUGGCAACCGUGGCCUUCUGUGACGCACAGUCCACACAGGAGAUCCACGAGAAGGUGUUAAACGAGGCGAUCGGCGCUCUGAUGUAUCACAGCAUCACACUGACUCGAGAAGAUCUGGAGAAGUUCAAAGCGCUCAGGAUCAUCAUCCGCAUCGGCAGCGGAUACGACAACAUCGACAUUAAAGCAGCCGGAGAGCUGGGGAUCGCGGUGUGUAACAUCCCGUCGGCGGCGGUGGAGGAGACGGCCGACUCGACGCUGUGUCACGUGUUGAAUCUGUACCGCAGGAACACGUGGCUGUAUCAGGCGCUGCGGGAGGGCACGCGUGUUCAGAGCGUGGAGCAGAUCCGUGAAGUGGCAUCCGGAGCCGCACGCAUCCGCGGAGAAACGCUCGGACUCAUCGGCUUCGGUCGUUCGGGGCAGGCCGUUGCCAUCAGGGCCAAAGUGUUUGGCUUUAAUGUGAUCUUCUACGACCCGUACCUGCAGGACGGUCUGGAGCGCUCGCUGGGCGUUCAGCGUGUUUACACACUGCAGGACCUGCUUUAUCAGAGCGACUGCGUCUCGCUGCACUGCAACCUGAACGAACACAACCAUCACCUCAUCAACGACUUCACCAUCAAACAGAUGCGUCAGGGGGCGUUCCUGGUGAACACGGCUCGAGGAGGUCUGGUGGAUGAGAAGGCUCUGGCUCAGGCGCUGAGGGAGGGCCGGAUACGAGGAGCUGCUCUCGACGUCCACGAGACCGAACCCUUCAGUUUUGCGCAGGGUCCUCUGAAAGACGCUCCUAACCUGAUCUGUACGCCGCACACAGCCUGGUACAGUGAGCAGGCGUCUCUCGAGAUGAGAGAAGCAGCCGCUACAGAGAUUCGCAGAGCCAUCACAGGCCGGAUUCCUGACAGUCUGAGGAACUGUGUCAAUAAGGAGUUCUUUGUGUCAUCAGGUUCCUGGGGCCUGAUGGAGCAGCAGGUUCAUCCUGAGCUCAACGGCGCCGCCUACAGGUUCCCGUCAGGUCUGGCAGCGGGUUUGGAGGGUCUGGUUCCGGUGACCGCGAUAAACCACCCUUCCCAGACGCCGUCCCCAAACCAGACCUCCAAACACGGAGAGAGCAGAGAGCAGCUGAGCGAGCAAUAGCAUCAGCAUCAGCAUCACACACUCCUUCUGCUUUUGGUGUCUCCUCCACAGAAACACAACACACUGAAUGGAGUUUGUUAGUUUGACGUGUUUCUUGCCUCCGUUUCUCAUCUCUGUGAAUCAUUUCAAUAAAUCAGGCAAUAGUGACGCCUGAAGCCACGCCCACUCGAUGAUUGACAGCUCAGCGCUCUGCUCUGAUUGGCCAGGGCUCUCAGACUUCAGCCAAGGAGUGAAACACCAAACGAAAUCUUUCUCUCGUGUGUUUUGUUUGACUGUGAUCUCUACUAACGAACAGUUCAAAUACAUUUCCGUUUCUUUCUCGUACCAGCAGAUGACGUUUAGAUGUUUUAUAUUCAAUGAGUUUUUGGUUUUGGCUUCAUUUCACUAUAUGACUCAGGAAAAUCUCACUUCCAUAAUUAUUUUUCCUACCAAACCUUGUCCAAAUUGUUGCAUAUGAAUACAUAUUUUGUCAUAUUUGCGUUCCUGUUUGGCUGGUGUUAGUAUUUUUAAACAGCUCGGCGUCUCGAGAUCAGUAGGUUUGUGUGGUUUAGUCUCGUCUCUUUCAUUCGGUUUGUUCUUCUGAAGGUGUUUGUUUGUCAGAAAGCGAGAUGUGAUUCAGAAGCGGGAGGUCGUUUGUUUUAUUGUGAUUAUUUGUAUUUGUUUCUUGAAUACGUGAACUUUUAGCAUCAGUCCAGAUCAAAUAAAACAUGCAGGUUCAGAACUCUUU